GUCAUGACGUCAUGACGUGCGUGCACCUUUUAAUCUAAAGCGGAAGUGGUGAUCAGCUGACCUGCUCACAUGACCCGCUCCUCCGUCAGCUCCAGGUUCAGUUCUGUCCUCUCUCCUCGGUUCGGUUCGACGCUCGCAGCCUCGGCAUGGCCGGACGCGGGAAACUGAUCGCCGUGAUCGGUGACGAAGACACGUGCACGGGCUUCCUGCUCGGCGGGAUCGGUGAGCUCAACAAGAACCGGAAACCCAAUUUCCUGGUGGUGGAGAAGGACACGAGCAUCACGGAGAUCGAAGAGACGUUCAAGAGCUUCUUGGUGCGUAACGACAUUGGCAUCAUCCUCAUUAACCAGUUCAUUGCAGAGAUGAUCCGUCAUGCGAUCGACGCCCACAUGCAGUCGAUCCCAGCCGUGUUGGAGAUCCCGUCCAAAGAGCAUCCGUACGACGCGUCCAAGGACUCCAUCCUGCGACGUGCCAAGGGCAUGUUUUCCGCCGAGGACUUCCGAUAAACAAAGGCUGUGUUUCCACGUCGUGAUGGUUGAAAUGACCCUGACUGUGUGUUUGUAAAGUAUUCAUUAGUGAACGUGUUGAUCUGUGCUCGUUCGUUCUUCCUUGGGUUGGAAACUUUGAGUUUGAGGAAAUCAGUGAUGUUUUAUUCUUGUUGUCUGUAAAUGUGUCGUGAUGGAUGAGAAAAUAAACAGUUUGUUCCUCAUGUUUAACUUAAAAAGUAACUUAACUUAAUAAAAGUGAUGUUGAAGAAAAUUAAA